AUGUGGCUGUACAGUAUAGGUCUUCUGACUAUUUUUGCAUGCUUAGCAUGUUGCAGUGCUGAAACAAACUUGAAAAAAAGGAUGAAGCAGGGUAGAAGAACUACAAAAGUGAUUAACCAUCGACGUCGUAAUCGCUUAUUGCCAGUUGAAGCAGAAGACGAUGAGAAGGUAGUAAUUCCAAUGAAAAUCCCAAAACUUACUACAGCUCAGAAGAUUGCAAUGAUCAUCGAAUCAGGGCAAGAUCCAUUUGAAAAAAAACGGAAAAGAAGCGAUAAAAAUAAAAUACUUUCGAGACAACCCAGACAUGCACGAAGAUAUCCCAAGACCGGAUAUGAGUUUAUUGAUGAUGAUAGUGAUGAACUUCGUUGGGAUUUAGAUACUUUACAUGCAACAUUAUGGGAUGAGGUGAAUAGUGACACACAAAACUGGAAAGAUUCUGAUCAGUCAAAAAAUUUUGAUUUGAGAUCAGAAGUAACAGCGACAGAAGAUGGAAAAAGGCCUUUUGAGUGGGAAAGGACGAGUCAUGUCUCGCACUGGGAGACAUCGCCAUCGCCAGCAUACUGGGAAACAAGUAUCCCAGAGCAUUCUGCUCAGAAUUCAUUCCAAACUUUUACCUCUCAGUCAUCUGUACAAGAAAAUUAUGAUGCAACGCAAGAAAUCCUUUCCACUACUGCUAUUUCUACUCCAAAUAUCACAAGCAGUACACAGCUUCCAAUGAAUGCCAUCAAGGAUAGCAGUUGGAAGCAAUUCCACGAUGUCAAAUCUUCCUCAGCUUACUUGAAGCCUUUGGCGUUACCUAUGAAAAACUGCCCACAUCGCUUUGAUGCUGUCACAAGGGCUUUUAAUGGUCGAACGUAUGUGUUUGCCCGUGAUCGUGUCUACGAAAUUUGGAGACGCAACAAUUUUAAUCAAAAAGCAUCAUUUUUUGUAAACGAAAUGUUUCCGAAAGGUCCACGUACGGUUACCGCGGCGUAUACUAAUUAUCGAAGCGGUGUUACUAUCCUCAUUGAACAUCAAACAGUUUAUCGUUAUCGAUGGAAUCGAAAAAAGAAAUUCUUUUUUUUGGCUCGGAAAAGUCCAGAAGUGCUGACGAAAACAGUCACGCUAUAUCCACGAGCAGGGUUUCAGUGGAUUGAUGGCAAUCAAGUUCUUGUUGAAGGCGAUAAUUUUGUAACUUUCGAUCCAUAUUGGAAUUUAGCGACUUUUGCAGGCAAAAUGUCUGAUUACUUUCCUUAUUUUCCUAUUGAUCUGAUCGGAUCAUCAUAUCAAAAUGGAUCUUUAUUCAUUCUUUAUACUGCUUCUAACAGAAUACAGGCAAGUAUUUAA